AAUUAAUCAGUAAAUCAAUCUUUUAUUUCUAAAGCACAUUUUAAAACAGCAAGUGCUGACCAAAGUGCUGUACAAUAAGAUUAAUAAGACAGUAAGAAAAUUACAUACAGGUUCACACAAAAUUAUAACUCAAACACAUAUCCAUCUACACAGAUCUAAGAGAUGAUAUAAAAACAUCAACGGUAAGAAAAUUACAAAAAGCACAAUCAUGUACACACAAAAUAUAACACAAACACAUAUCCACCUACUCAGAUCCAUAGGCUAGAGAGAAAAGAUGAGUUUUAACAGAUUAUUUAAAAACAUCAACAGUGGAACAAGAUCUUAAAUGAAGGGGUCAAUUAUUCCACAAGCGAGCGGCUGCUACUGAGAAGGCACGGUCACCCUUGAGUUUUAGACAGGACCUGGGAACAAACAGCAGCAUGCUGUUUGAUAACCUUAAGGACCUAGAAGUCUGAUGGUGAGAGAGAAGAUCAGAUAUAUACUGAGGUGCCUAGCCAUUUAAUGACUGGUAAACAAAUAAUAAAACCUUAUGACAUCUAAAGUUAUCCAGCCAAAGAGUGAGUGUUUUUUUCUAGCUAUUUGCUGUCAAAUUCUGCCCCACAAAGACAAAAUGCUGUAACUAUGCCAACACGGAAAUCUAGAAAACUGGCUUCAAAGUUUUUUCGAAUUCCCAGCAAAAUGUUCAUUAUCAAAUGUUCACUCUUCUUUUUCUCUAUAUCUUCGGAUAGUUCAGUCAAACCUAUCUGUCGCAGGACAGAUCACUGUAAAAUGUGGUAACCUCCAAUUGUUACUGUAAGGAUUUUAUUUUUAUUUUUUAUCUAACCCUAAAACUGACUUUUUAUGGUGUAACCUAAUGCAGUUAAGUUAAUUAUUCAGUUAUGUUAUAUAUAUAUACACUGAAAAAAAGGAUUCCUUGCUUCAGCAAAUAUUGCUCAUUAAAAUAAACAGAUUUUACUGAAAACGUAAUUCUGUCAACUUUCCUUAAUUAUAUGCUAUAUGUGUGACACAAGAUAUUGAGAUUAUGCUGUACUCAUAAUAAUAAAGAAAAUUUGCUAAUUAUUUUGAGUGAAGUGACAAUAAUCUGUAGGUUAGUAAACCCAGCCUAAUGUUUUAAGAUUCCAUGGGAAACCAUGUGAUGCAGAAUGUGAUUGAAUUUUAAGCAAGCAUAUUUGGGGCUGGCUGCCAUUUUGGAUGUGGAGAGCUCGUGGUGGACAAAACAAAGUUUUUGCCAAAAAGUUCAAAGGUAAAUUACUUUAAACACUGAAAUCAGUAGAGGUUUUUUUUUGUUUGUUGUUGUUGUUGUUGUUGCUAUCAGUUUUCUGUGUAUUCAAGUUUCUAUUCACUUAAAGAAGUUGUUAACUUACGUUACGUUUCGUUUGCAAAUCUACAUAUUAUUAAGCAUUUGUCUGCUUGAGGCUAAUUAGAUGUGUACAUCUUCACAGUCGAACAAACUCAAAGGAGCCCACACAUUUUUUCACCAGGCAGAUACUCUUCAUCUUCAACCUCUGCUCAGGGCCUUCAUCUACAACUCCUCACUCGCAUCACAGAAACUCAACAGGAGUGCACCCAUGGAGAGGCUGCUUCUGUGCCUAGCUCUGUUCUCCUUGCCUUCCUAUGCCAUGCUGUGCCCCAAGCGCUGUACCUGCCAGAACUUGCUUCCCUCAUACACCGUGCUGUGUGCCAAAACCGGCUUGCUCUUCAUACCACCCAAUAUCGACCGCCAGACUGCUGAGCUGCGACUGAUGGACAACUUUAUCACGACUCUGCAUCAUAAAGACUUUGCUAACAUGAGCAGUCUCAUACACCUCACGCUCUCCCGAAAUACUAUCAGCCAGAUUAGACCAUAUGCCUUUGCCGACCUGCAGGAUCUACACGCGCUGCAUCUUGACGCUAACCGGCUAACAAUCCUGGAUGACACUCACCUGCAGGGGCUGGUUAAUCUACGCCACCUAAUACUCGCCAACAACCAGCUUCAUAGCAUCUCAUAUGGGGCCUUCCAAGACUUCUUAGAGACUCUUGAGGAUCUUGAUCUGUCAUAUAACAAUCUGGUGGAUGUACCAUGGGAUACUAUAGCCAUGCUAGCCAGCGUUAAUACCCUGAGUCUGGAUCACAAUCUUAUUGAGUUUGUGCCUGAAGGGAUAUUUUCGAAUCUUCACAAACUGGCCAGACUUGAUAUGACGUCCAACAAACUGAAGAAGAUCCCCCCAGACCCUCUCUUCCUACGCAUUCCUGUCUAUGCUAAAAUGAAAGGCUCACCAUUGACCGCGUUAGUGCUUAGUUUUGGUGGGAACCCGCUGCAUUGCAACUGUGAGCUGGUUUGGCUCCGACGCCUCACUAGGGAAGAUGAUCUGGAGACUUGUGCUUCACCUCAAGAACUAGCUGGAAAGUACUUCUGGACAAUUAGAGAGGAAGAGUUUGUGUGUGAGCCACCCAUGAUCACCCGUCACACUUCUAAGAUGUUUGUCAUGGAAGGUCAAGAGGUCAGUCUGCGAUGUCGCUCUGUUGGAGACCCUGAACCAACCGUCCACUGGGUCAGUCCUGAUGGAAAGCUGAUCGGUAACACCUCACGGACCAUAUGCUAUGAAAACGGCUCUCUUGAUAUCUUAACAGCUAUGGUGAAAGACUCAGGUGUGUUUACAUGUAUAGCUUCAAAUGCUGCGGGUGAAGCCACAGCUCCAGUGGAAUUAGUAGUAAACCCCUCACCGCAUUAUGAUCCCAAAAUGGAGCCAGAACCGGGACCCUCGGACAUGCCUACUUCCAUAAAGUCCAACAGUAGUGGCAGUGGGGGCCAGGCACGAGCAGAUCAGAGGGUCAUUGUCUCUGAAAUCACCUCAACAUCAGCAAUGAUCCGCUGGCCUCCACAAAGCCACAUCCCUGGAGUCCGCAUGUACCAGAUCCAGUACAACAGCACCACUGAUGACAUUCUCAUAUACCGGGAAAGCCUGGCAUCUGAGACUUGGGCUUUUAAUGGCUUAUGGCGGAAUCCUAUUCAGAUAGUGGCUGAAACAUUGAAAUUCCACUGAUGAAUACAAAUGGCCCUAGAUGACUGCCAACCCAACAAGUGCACAAUAAUGUCAUGAAUGCAAUAUAUGAAGUAUGGCAAUACUAAAUAUAUUUAUUUUCUGUGGUAAUGAAAGGAUCCUUCCCAACGGGCCAGCUGUUUUAAGAUACAUGCUGAAAGUGUCAGAAAAAACCUAGAAAGAAUUUAAUUUGCGUACAGGAAGAUUGGCUGCCAUGGUGAUAGUUUCAGUCAGAUUUUGUCUGAUAUAAUUCAAACUAAAUUUUGUGAAGCAUAAACCACAAGAAGUUGUACUGACAUCCUUCUAUAGGUCACACUGCGUGUUAUUUUCUGGAGGAAGACAAUAAUAACAGAAUAGCAAUUGCAGUUGCAAGUUAAGUGUUUGCCCUUGUUUCCUGAAAGAUUAUAAUGAAGAAAAAAAAUAGUGAUUUUGAAAUAUGUCUCUAUUUCAAAACAGAAUAGUUUUCUUCGUUAUUCAUGGAGAGGACAAGCUAGUUAUCUUACAGUUCCUAUUCUCUUUUGAGCUGAAGGUCUUUUGGACACCCUAUAUUUUGUAUUGCAUAUUGAAGAUGCCUGUUUCAGGGAUUACACCAUAACAACUAAAUUCAUUUUUCCUUUUUAACAUUCAGCCAUGGCCUCACCGCCAGUUACUUCCAUGAUUUCUCAUUGAAGGGACCUGUAAGGAUGUAAUUAAUUCCUGAAAUAAUCCCUGUGGAUAGAUUAAGAGGGAAGAAAAGAUACAUACAGAAAUAAAUUUGCUAUUAAUUAUGGAAAAGGCAAGGGGAGUUAUUUGGUUUAUAGAGCUGAAGAGUAAUCUCAAAGUCUUUCAGAAUCAAUUAAGAAUGCAUGCACUGUAUUCCCCGUUGACAGUGAGCUGGGUUAUGGUAAGAAUGAGUUAGACAGAGUGGCCAAGAAACUGAGACCGGGGUGAGAAAAUACAGUGUAAAUUUUGAAUUGAAAAAACAGAUUAAAUUUGAAGUGAUUGGAGAAAGACUGCUGCAAUCACAGUGUGCAUGUGCCAAAUUAAGACUUAUAGAAGUGGAAGAUGUGAUGUCAGAUGGAAUAGAUUUACAUUUGCAUUCAAGUUCUUGGCAGAUGCUCUCUUAAAACUAUUGACAGGAAAGUGCACACACUUCAUUGUUUUUUUGUUUUGUUUUUGUUUUUCUCUCUAUUAUUAAUAACUCAAUGCAUGUUUGAUUUGUUGAAACUGGUUUAUCGUGUUUCAAACUGAGUUUCUAACCAGUGAAUUGAUUUAGAAGUUUAGCAGCAGAAACUUGAAUAUCAAGUCAUGAUUAUCAAAUAUUCUUCAUCCAAAGUUUCAUACAUUUACAAUACAAAAUAAUUUUGAAAUGUAAGUAUUUUGAUUUCAUAACAAAAAUUCAACUAAAUUGAAUUGAGUAAUCUUUUAUAAAAAAAAUAAAAAAAUAAAAAAUUAAAUAUUUUACAUUUAUUAAUUUAAUUUGGUUAAACAUUACAUAAUUUAAUUUGAUGGAAAUUUGUUGUAAAAUUUAUAAAUGUGUAAAUCUUACAAUAAGUGUUGAUAUGCAAAUACAUUUGGAGAGAUUUUAAUUAACCAUUCUUAUUUCUAGAGUUUAGAGCCAAAUUAUUGUUGUGGUAUAUGCUGAAGUGUUGUUUACACUGCAAAAAGCAUUUUCUUAAUCUGUAUUUUUGUUUUUUAUUUUCCAAUAAAUAUAUAAAAAUACAGAUUAAGAAAAUGUUUUUUGCUUUUGCUU